CUCACUUAGAAUCAUAAAUAUGUCUGACCACGAAGAAGUCAUUGCUCAAGAAGUCGAAGUUGCUGUUGAAGCCACCUCCGGCCAAAUGUCCGUUGAAGAUGCUCUUCAAGAAGUCCUCCGUCGUGCUCUCGUUCACGAUGGUCUUGCUCGUGGUUUGAAGGAAGCCGUUAAGGCUCUUGACAGACGUCAAGCUCACUUGGCUGUUCUCGUUGAAACCUGUACCGAAUCCGAAUACAUCAAGCUUGUUGAAGCCCUCUGUGCUGAACACAACAUCAACUUGAUCAAGGUUUCUGAUGCCAAGAAGCUCGGUGAAUGGGCUGGUCUCUGCAAGAUCGACCGUGAAGGUAACGCCCGUAAGGUCGUUGGUUGUUCUUGUGUUGCUGUCACUGACUUUGGAGAAGAAUCCGAAGCCAUGAACGUUCUCUUGGACUACUUCAAGACCCGUUAAAUUGCUGUACUUUAAUGGAUUCCUUUUUCUCUGUCAAAAAUCUUUAAUAACAAUAAAAAAGUUAACAUGUUUUUGAUGUCAA